UGAGAUCGAUCGAUGGAUGCCAGAGUCCACAUCAAGACUUGACACGUGACGCGCGUGCACCAUUGAAGAACCUUCCCGUCACCUUGUAGGAAGGAUCGUACAUGCUUCUGAUCUGUGUUUAUAAAUAGCUAUCAAACUACUUCGUGCUUGGAAAUUAAUGGUCAUGGCGGCUCCUUUGGGGCUCACUGACAUGUCCUACGACUCUCCUUUCUUCCUUGUAGAUGGUCCUUCCAAAGUUCCUGGUGGUGGAUUCAUUCCUGCCGUGGUCUCCGAUGACUGCAUGCUUGGUGUUUCCCAUUGUGUAGUCCCUGAUGAAGGCCUCCUGUUUGAGGAGUACUCGUCGGUGGCCGGUGAUCCCACAAAGCUGCAGGUUGCUAGUAAUUGUGUCCUAAAUGCCCCAGCAUCUAGAAUGGCGAUGAAUGGCUGGAAUAUCAUGAAGAAAGUGGAUACGGGGUGUCGCAUUGGAUUUAGAACAAAGUCUCAGGUUGACAUCCUAGAUGAUGGCUUCAAAUGGAGGAAGUAUGGGAGGAAGUCUGUGAAGAGCAGCCCAAAUCCAAGGAAUUACUACCGGUGCUCCAAGGAGGGCUGUGCGGUGAAAAAGAGAGUGGAAAGAGACAGUGAAGACUCGCGCUACGUGAUAACAACGUACGAAGGAGUGCACAACCAUGCGAGCCCGGGCACUCUUUGCUGCAAUUUUAACCCUCGUCAGGCCAAAACCUCCGCAUGGGUUUCAUACGGCCAGCUGCCCUUUUUGAGUGAACAGGACGCAGGCUGCUCGCUAUUUUUCUCUGAGUUGUAGUUGUUUCCUUUAUGCAUGCUUUGAUAAGCCCAGGCAAUUCUAAUGCAAAGAAAUGAUUAAUUCUAGGCAGACCUGAGUGUGCGAGUUCGCACCUUUGUGAAGGAAGAUCCCAAUGGCAUACAUGCUUGAUAUUUCCGUAACAAAUGCUUGCUUCUGACUCAUGAGGUUUCAAGGCUUUUAUUACCACAAUCACUGCCGAAUAUGAAAUAGAAAGAUAUUCCGGACUUUUUGUUUCUUUUUA